GAGAGAUUUAGUUUUCAUAUUACGUUUACCAUGAAAAUACAAAUUCUGCUUUUUGCAAUUUUGAGCGUGUUCUAUUAUAGCAAUGCAGAACACUGCAUGGUCAUUCUCCGGUCAGAUAUUGCUGCUCGGGAUCCCGUGUACCUCCAAAUUGUAAAUGGACAGGCCGAGCUUUGGGCGCCGAACGGUCCAGCUCUUAUUUGGAAUUCUACAAACGAGGUGACAGCUCUCCUGUGUUCAGGAAGCAACAACGCAUUGAUGCCAACAGGCAUGGCCACCAACCAAAAGACCUGUGUGGACAGAUCCACUUUCAGUGUCGAAGGAAACCUUGCAACCUCGCUGGAGCUACAAUGUCGUAACCAAAUCACAGGAGAUACCAUCAAUACGGGUCAAUCGUGUGGAGGACGUGGUACAUUGCUGUAUUUGGGAUUCAACUCACAGGUUUACGGUUUCAUACCAUACAUUCAUUCGUGCAUGGAUAUGCAACGUGCUUCUGUCCUGUGGACCAGGCAUAUUCUUCCAGGAGCGGCCGUUGCUGGAUCUAUGGUCGAGUCUUCUCGUCCCGCAUGGAAAGUUGCAGGGAUGCCGUCACACGUACGACCUUCGACGUCCUAUACUCAAGCUUCACAGCUAGAAAGAUUAACUACGUUGUUGGGAUCAGCAGAGCAAGCUUCCAGAUUUGUUUUUACGAAUUCGUUCAUGGCACGUGGACACAUGUCUCCGGAUGCGGAUGGAAUCUACCGAAGUUGGCAGUUCACGACAUAUUUUUUCACUAAUGCUGUACCGAAGUGGCAGGUUGUCAACAACGGAAACUGGGUUCGCGUGGAGCGUGUAACACGUGACACGGCCAUAGCACUGCACGAGGACCUCGUCAUUAUCCAGGGAACCGACGGGAUAUUGACGCUACCGCAUGAAGAUGGUAGACAAAUUCCAAUCACGCUGGAAGACGGGGGCAUCGAGGCACCCCGCUGGAUCUGGAAGAUUAUCAAGUCACCGAAGCUCGAUGCCGGCAUAGCGUUUGUCACGUCCAACAAUCCAUUCGAAACGGCCAUCCAUCCGAUGGAUUUCAUUUGUGUGGAUGUUUGUGGGGAAACGGGAUGGGCACAGGAUGAAUUUGCUAAUUUUGCACGCGGUUAUACUUACUGUUGUGAUCCAAAUGAACUCAUCGCAAACGUGCCAACCGCAUCCCCAGAGGGACACGUGGGAAGAGUUUUACUGAGGACAAUGUUAUGAGUGCAACGGAGAUAAUCAUUAACCAACUAGCAGCAACACGGUGAUCAAGAACGAUGGCGGUCCCGAGCAAAAGAAUAUGAGAAACAAAUACCAUUUCUUGUUAUUAACUCGUGAAACGGGGUAUCCUUGAUAAUGCAGGUAACUUUGAUAUACCGAGUUACACAACUCACAAAAUGUAAUAAACAAUUACGGUCGGUUAGUUGAGCAAACCGAAUACAAAAUUAACUAGUAUUACUCUAA